UGCGGGUGGGGGGGAUCCCGGGCACCGGUGGGAAACCGAGGGGGGGCGGGAGCCGGUGGCGGCAGGUGGAUUUCAACACCGGGGUGGGGCCGGGCCCCCGUGGGGUUUGUGCGGCUCCGGUGAGUCACGGCUGCGCUGCGGAGAGCAGUGGGUGCCCGGGGGCUGGGGUGCGUGGCCGGGGGCGAAAGCAGCCCCGUGCCCGGCUUCAAAGCGCUGCCGGCGGCCGAGCCCCAAGGCUCCCUGCCCUGUCCCGCUGCCAUCUGGCCCGGAGCUGUGUGCCCCCCCCCCGGCUGCGUUCCGCCCCCACAGCAGCGCAUGGGCUCGUGGGUGCCGUGUCCCUGUGCUGUAGGGUGAGGCUUUGGGGCUCGGCCGGGCGGUGGGGCAGCGUUUAGGGCACAGCACCCCGCGUGUUUGGGGGACACGCGGCAGGGAGGUGACGAGGCAAAGCCCCGUGGCUUCCUCAGCUUUGGGAAUUCGGGACCAGGUCUGUGGGAACGGCGCCUGGGGACCGGUGAGGUGCUGCUAGCCGGUACCGUCCAGGUGUCACACCGGGAUGCGUGGUGGGAAAUGCCCUCCGUGGGGUGAUGGGUGCUGGGGACACCGCCUCGAUGGGGAUGGCACCCAUGGCACAGCGUGAUCCAUGCACGGGAACUGCCGCCUGCCUCAACUUCCCUCUGUGUGAAGACGGGAAUCGGGGCCACCACCGGCGUCACCCGCACACGUGGCCAUGGGGACACAGCGGGGGGCGAGAGGGGGGAAGGGGCCCGCGGGGACUCAAGGUACGUCCCCUUCUGUUCUCACCGCUCUUCUCUCCCCCAUCGCCCCCCCUCCCCCGGCCCUGCAGGUCUGUCUGCGCCUCCGCCCGCGCCGCCGUCCGGCAAUGCUCACGGCUGUCUGCGGCUCUCUUGGGAACCAGUCCUCCGACGCGCCCCGCGCCUCGCCGACCCCCCUGGACCUGCAGCCGCUGCAGCCCUUCCAGCCCCCCCCACCGGGCGCCGACUUCGCCUCUCCGCUGCCUCCCCCGGAGUUGCCGCUGCCGGGCCCCGACGUCGCCUUCGCCGCUCCCGGCGCCUACGACCCCCAUGGCCCCCCGCGGAUAGAGCUGCCCCCCGACGGCCCCGCCGCCCCCGGUUCCUACGCCAAGCUGCUGCAGGCGGCCCCCCCGGACAUGGCGCACCCCUACGAGCCCUGGUUUCGGCCCCCCCACCCCGCUCCCUCCGGAGAGGAGGGGGGGGUCAACUGGUGGGACCUCCACGCCGGGGCCAGUUGGAUGGAGCUGCCCCACACGCAGGGGGGUCUCCAGGUGCCCGCGCCCCCCGGCCUGCAGCCGCCCCUGGGGGGGUACGGAGGGGGCGAAGCGCAGCUCUGCGCUCCCCCCGCCCAUCUGCUGCCCCCUGCCCAGCACCUGCUGGGGCCGGAGGGGGCGAAGGCGUUGGAGGGGCCCCCCCAGCCCGAAGCGGAGGGAGGCGGGCGGGCCAAGGGGGGCCGCCGGGCGGUGCCGCGGGGCGGGGGGCAGGCGGCGUGCCGUUGUCCCAACUGCCAGGAGGCGGAGAGGGGGGGGCCGUGCCCCGAAGGCUCCAAGCGCAAACACCUGCACAACUGCCACAUCCCGGGCUGCGGCAAAGCGUACGCCAAGACCUCGCACCUGAAAGCGCACCUGCGCUGGCACAGCGGCGACCGCCCCUUCGUCUGCAACUGGCUGUUCUGCGGGAAGCGCUUCACCCGCUCCGACGAGCUGCAGCGGCACCUCCAGACCCACACGGGCACCAAGAAGUUCACCUGCCCCGUCUGCGGCCGCGUCUUCAUGCGCAGCGACCACCUGGGCAAACACAUGAAGACCCACGACGGCGGCAAGGAGGGCGGAGAGCCCGACGUCAAGGGGAGCAACGAGCCGCCGGGGGGCAAAGGGGGCAAACGGGAGCCCGAGGGGGGCACGGCCGCCCCCACAAACUGAGCGGGUGCCGCGGAUGGCGG